AUGCUGAGAUUUUUCCGUAGAACGCUUGGGCGUCGGUCAAUGCGUAAACAUGCUGAGAAGGAACGACUCCGAGAAGCUCAACGAGCUGCCACACACAUUCCUGCAGCUGGAGAUUCUAAGUCCAUCAUCACGUGUCGGGUGUCCCUUCUGGAUGGUACUGAUGUUAGUGUGGACUUGCCGAAAAAAGCCAAAGGUCAAGAGCUGUUUGAUCAGAUUACAUACCACUUGGACCUUAUUGAAAGAGACUAUUUUGGACUGAGAUUUAUGGAUUCAGCACAAGUAGCACAUUGGCUGGAUGUUACAAAGAGUAUCAAAAAGCAAGUUAAAAUUGGUUCACCCUAUUGUCUGCAUUUUCGAGUUAAGUUUUAUUCCUCAGAACCAAAUAAUCUUCGUGAAGAGCUAACCCGGUAUUUAUUUGUUCUUCAAUUAAGACAAGAUAUUCUCAGUGGAAAAUUGGAGUGUCCUUUUGAUACAGCAGUUCAGUUGGCAGCUUAUAACCUGCAAGCUGAACUUGGUGACUGUGAUCUUGCUGAGCAUAGUCCUGAACUUGUAACUGAGUUCAGGUUCAUGCCCAUUCAGACUGAAGAGAUGGAGUUGGCUAUUUUUGAGAAAUGGAAGGAAUACAGAGGUCAGACACCAGCACAAGCUGAAACCAAUUAUCUGAAUAAAGCCAAAUGGCUAGAAAUGUAUGGUGUUGAUAUGCAUGUGGUCAAGGCUAGAGACGGGAAUGACUAUAGUUUGGGACUAACCCCAACAGGAGUUCUUGUUUUUGAAGGAGAGACCAAAAUUGGCUUAUUUUUUUGGCCCAAGAUAACUAGAUUGGAUUUUAAGAAGACUAAAUUAACCUUGGUGGUGGUAGAAGAUGAUGAUCAGGGCAAAGAGCAGGAACACACGUUUGUUUUUAGACUGGACCAUCCAAAAGCGUGCAAACAUUUAUGGAAAUGUGCUGUGGAGCACCAUGCCUUCUUCCGUCUCCGAGGCCCUGUGCAGAAGGGUUCUCAGCGAUCAGGAUUUAUCCGACUAGGAUCACGAUUUAGAUAUAGUGGGAAAACUGAGUAUCAGACCACAAAAACCAAUAAAGCAAGAAGAUCUACAUCCUUUGAAAGAAGACCCAGCAAACGAUAUUCUCGACGAACUCUACAGAUGAAAGCAGGUACAGCAAAACCUGAAGAACUCAGUGUUCACAGUAAUGUUUCAACUCAGAGUAAUGCCUCUCAACAGGCUUGGGGUAUGAGAUCUACUCUGCUGGUGACUUCUUCCAUUCCCUCUGGUCCCUUGCUGGUGGAGACGGAGAAUCUUCCAAGGAGUCCUGGAACAGACCAGCAUGACAGGAAAUGGCUCUCUGCUGCCAGUGACUGCUGCCAACGUGGUGGGAACCAGUGGAACACAAGGGCCUUAUCCCCGCCCCAGCCUGUUCAUAGAAACUGCACUGACUUUGUCCAUGAGCACAAUGUGAAGAAUGCAGGAGUCCAUCAUGAUGUUCGUUUUCCCGGCCAUGCAGCCAUGACUGAUAUAUGAGUGUUAAGCCUCUUAGGCCCUGGGACUCUUUGUUGUGCAAGUGGAUGGUAUUUGUUCUCUGGUGUUUAUUGGGGACUGAUCACAUUAGGAGAAUUUGGGAGAAGUUAUUUUAUAUUGAGUUACUAGUCGUGUGGUGGUGUUUGUAAUGGAAUUCUAUGGAAGGGAAAAGGAUCUGAAGAAGCUAUAUGCCAUCAAUGAUAAUGACACAUGUUUUUGUGUUGAAAGGGCAUGUAUAUCAUUGUAAUUUUAGAAAGGUUUUUCAUGAUUUUAACAUAUUAACAUAUCACUCAUAAGAUGUCCAGGAGACGGUUUGUGUUUGUGAACAAGCUGCCCAUUUCACCCCAUUCCUUGCCAUCCAAAUAGAUUGAAGUUAAAAGAAUUGGACACAUUAAUUAAAGGCACACAGAAGGAGCCAUCUUCAGAUACAAUGUAUCAGUCUUUAGUGAUAUUUUUCCAAAAGGACCAUAACCCAUGUCUUAAUUUCAGUUAAGUGCCCAAGAUUUUAUACUUUCAAUUAAUGUUUUUAUUUAAAACACUUAUUUUUUAAUAAACAUAGGUAUUUUAAUUUACUGAAAGAUCUAGAAAUCACAUUAAUAAUGUGAAUCAUGUAGGGAGAUAAACUGAAUGGUUACUUUUGCAUCAUUAACUACUUAACCAAUGGUUAACUGAAUAGUUCUAUUACUACUGAAUGGUGGUACAAAUGGAAAAUUUAUUUACUUUUGUCUUUUCAAUUUUCUCUUUUAUCUCAUGUAUCUGAAAGAUUUCCCAGGUUUGCAAUAGCCAUAUAAUCUGGCCCACUAUAACCUUUAAAAUAAAAGUCUGAGGUCAAAACUAUAUCACUUUUAAAUGGAUUGGAUAUAUUACUACAUUUGAUCCUUUAUGAACUUCAAAAUACAAUUAUUCAAGCUCUUUGUUAUAAUUUAUAGAGGCAAAUUAACAAAAAAAAGUACAUUUCUAAUGUAAUGGG